AUGGCAAGUCCAUCGCCUUCGUCAUCACCUAUGCCACCACCACAAGCUCCAAGUCCAAUGGGCCCGCCACAAGCUCCGUCGCCGUCAAACCCACAGGGAAGUCCGAUGGGACCUCCGCAACAUCAUCCUCACAGUCCGACUCAAGUAUAUCCUGGUGGUCCUCCUCCACCUUCUGGCCCGGGACCUGGACCUGGUGGACCGCCUAUGUCGCAACCGCCUCAACCGCCGUCUCAGCAGCAAAAUUAUCCACCACAUCCGCAGCAAAUGCCUCCUAACAUGGGACCCCAGGGCCCACCAGGAGCACCUCCAGGAGCGCAAGGACCUGGAGGACCAAUGAUGCCAGGACAAAUGGGAGGACCUCCAAGUGCUGGACAUAUGGGACCAAAUCAAAUGGGACCGGGAGGACCACCUCCGCUAGUUUCAGGGCAGAUGUUCCCUGGGCCGCCAAAUAUGGGACCUGGAGGUCCUAACCAAAUGGGUCCUGGAGGACCAAAUCAAAUGGGUCCAGGCCAUAUAGGACCUGGUGGACCACCAGCCCCGCAUAUGCAAGGGCCAAACAACCAAAUACCAAGUGGACCGGGGCAUAUGCAAGGACCUCCACCAUCAGGACACAUAAAUAUGGGCCCAGGACCUGGACCGAUACCGCCAGGUCCAGGACACAUGAAUCCAUCAAUGCCUGGUGGUCCAUCGAUGGGCCCAGGUGGUCCACCCAAUAUGUGUCCGCCAAAUCAAGGUCACGGCGCUAAUGGACACUCCCAGAUGAACAUGACCGGUCCAGGAAGUCAAAUGAACAUCGGGCCUGGUGGUCCAGGUGUUCCAAUGAUUAUGGGAGGACCCAAUGCUUCUGGACUAGGCCCAGCUGGGCCAAUGGGUCCUAAUUCUGGACCUGGAAACCAAAUGGGACCUGGCGGACCGAUGAUGCCUGGGUCGGGACCCAAUCAGAUGCCUCCAGGUGGACCUGCGAGUCAGAUGGGACCUGGAGGACCCUUACCGAUGAGCGCUAACAAUUCUGGAGGCCCAGGUGGACCUGGUGGACCACCAGGACCUCCAGUAAUGGGUCCGAUGCCGCCAGGAGCUCAAAAUCAACCGCUGGGGCCAAUGGGACCUGGAGGACCAGGAAAUUCAAUGCCUCCGGUCCCUGGUGGUCCACCUGGUGGCUCUGGAACUGGACAAGAAAAUCUCAGUGCUCUGCAAAAAGCCAUCGACUCAAUGGAAGAAAAAGGUCUCCAAGAAGACCCUCGGUACUCGCAAUUACUAGCUCUUCGUGCUCGUGGUCAAGGCGGGGCCAAUGAUAGGUUCACUACUCAGCAAUUCCAACAGCUUCGCGUUCAAAUUAUGGCUUAUCGAUUACUGGCGCGGAAUCAGCCGUUGUCUCAGCAACUAGCUCUGGCAGUUCAAGGAGCAGCUCCACUACCUGGCUUAAAUCGACCAAAUGAUUCUACUCCUGCAGGUCCUCUUCAAGUUCCGAGUGUCAAUGGGCCACCUCGACCUGGCUCUCAACCGUCUCAACAGUUGCAGCAACACCAACAACAACAGCAAGUCGGUAAUAAAAGUAACCGCGUUACGAGUGUCGUUAAACCAGCUGGAUUAGAUCCUCUAGUUAUUCUUCAGGAGCGUGAAAAUCGUGUAGCGACAAGAAUUGCCCUACGCAUGGAACAGUUGAGCAAUUUGCCGACAAACAUGCCUGAGGAUCUUCGUAUUCAAGCUCAGAUAGAAUUACGUAUGCUACGCGUACUUAACUUCCAACGUCAACUGCGUUCUGAAAUAAUUGCUUGUACUCGCAAGGAUACGACCCUUGAAACUGCUGUUAAUGUUAAAGCUUACAAACGUACUAAACGUCAGGGAUUACGGGAAGCUCGUGCUACUGAGAAAUUGGAAAAACAACAGAAACUUGAAGCAGAACGCAAACGCCGACAGAAACAUCAAGAAUUUUUGACCUCUGUUUUGCAACAUGGCAAAGAUUGGAAAGAAUUUCAUCGUAAUAAUGUCGCUAAAAUGUCACGAUUGAACAAAGCUGUGCUGAAUUAUCACGCUAAUGCUGAGCGUGAACAGAAGAAGGAACAAGAGCGUAUUGAGAAAGAACGUAUGCGUCGUUUGAUGGCUGAAGACGAAGAAGGAUACCGUAAGCUUAUUGAUCAGAAAAAAGACAAACGGUUGGCAUUCUUGUUGUCGCAAACUGAUGAGUAUAUUUGUAAUCUUACUGAGAUGGUCAAGCAGCACAAAAUGGAGCAGAAACGGAAACAAGUUGAGGAGCAAAAACGCAAGAAGAAGAAGAAAAAGUUACAAGAUGGUACUUCGGUCAAUGAAGAUGGUACUCCGGCUGAGGACACGCGUGUUCAUGUUUAUGAAGUAAGUACUGGACGUACGUUGACUGGUGAAGACGCUCCUAUGAUGAGUCAAUUAAAUGCUUUCAUGGAGUCUCACCCGGGUUGGGAAGUUAUUGAAUCUGAUAGCGAGGAGGAUGAUGACGAUGAUGAAGAAGAAAAUGUAUCUGAACAAAAAGCCAAAACCGGUGAUUUCUCAGCUGCGUCUGCUGCCGAUAGUAACAGUGGUGCAGGUGACUCUGUCAGUGAAACUAGGAAAAAAUUAAAUAAAGCCAAAGUCGAGGAUGAUGAGUAUAAAACUGAAGAGCAGACUUAUUACAGUAUUGCACAUACAGUGCAUGAAACUGUUACUGAACAAGCCUCUAUUAUGGUUAAUGGAGCACUCAAAGAGUAUCAGAUAAAAGGUCUCGAGUGGUUGGUGUCAUUGUUUAACAAUAAUCUCAAUGGUAUUUUAGCUGACGAAAUGGGUCUCGGUAAGACAAUACAAACUAUUGCGCUCGUUACUCAUCUUAUGGAGAAGAAGAAGGUCAAUGGACCGUUUUUAAUCAUCGUUCCAUUGUCAACACUAUCUAAUUGGGUUCUUGAGUUUGAAAAGUGGGCUCCGAGUGUCGUUGUUGUUUCCUACAAAGGCUCGCCGGCGGGACGACGCGCGAUACAAUCUCAGAUGCGAGCCACCAAGUUCAAUGUACUGUUGACCACCUAUGAAUACGUUAUCAAGGACAAAAGCGUGCUGGCUAAGCUACAGUGGAAGUACAUGAUCAUUGAUGAAGGUCACAGAAUGAAGAAUCAUCAUUGUAAAUUAACACAAGUAUUAAAUACACAUUAUUUAGCGCCACAUCGGUUAUUAUUGACCGGUACUCCUUUGCAAAACAAAUUACCUGAGCUUUGGGCGCUUCUGAACUUUUUGUUACCCUCAAUUUUCAAAUCAUGUAGUACGUUUGAGCAGUGGUUCAAUGCACCGUUCGCUACUACCGGAGAAAAAGUUGAGUUGAAUGAAGAAGAAACAAUUCUUAUCAUCCGUCGUCUUCAUAAAGUACUGCGACCUUUCUUGCUAAGACGUUUGAAAAAAGAAGUCGAAUCUCAGUUACCUGACAAAGUUGAGUAUAUUAUCAAGUGUGACAUGUCUGGUUUGCAGAAAGUAUUGUACAGACAUAUGCAGAGCAAGGGUGUACUUUUGACUGAUGGUUCAGAGAAAGGAAAACAAGGAAAAGGUGGUGCGAAAGCACUCAUGAAUACUAUUGUACAAUUGCGUAAAUUAUGUAAUCAUCCGUUCAUGUUCCAAGCUAUUGAAGAAAAAUAUUGUGAACAUAUAGGCGUUCAGGGUUCACAUACAGUAUCAGGUCCAGAUUUAUAUCGAGCGUCGGGUAAGUUUGAGUUGUUAGAUCGUAUAUUACCAAAAUUGAAGGCAACUAACCAUCGAGUAUUGCUGUUUUGUCAAAUGACACAGUUGAUGACGAUAAUGGAAGACUAUUUAAGCUGGCGUGGCUUUAAGUAUUUACGUUUAGACGGUACAACCAAAGCCGAAGAUCGUGGUGAUUUGUUGAAGAGAUUCAACGAUCCUGGAUCACAAUAUUUCUUAUUCUUACUGUCAACUCGUGCUGGAGGUUUGGGUCUAAAUUUACAAGCCGCUGAUACUGUAGUUAUAUUCGAUUCUGACUGGAAUCCUCACCAAGAUUUGCAAGCCCAGGAUCGUGCUCAUCGUAUUGGACAAAAGAAUGAAGUAAGAGUACUACGUUUGAUGACUGUUAACUCAGUCGAAGAGAGAAUAUUGGCUGCUGCGCGUUACAAGUUGAAUAUGGAUGAAAAAGUUAUUCAAGCUGGUAUGUUUGAUCAGAAAUCAACAGGAAGUGAAAGACAGCAAUUCUUGCAGAGUAUAUUGCAUCAAGAUGACGCUGAUGACGAAGAAGAAAACGAAGUACCAGAUGAUGAAACAGUUAAUCAGAUGAUCGCUAGAUCUGAGGGUGAGUUUGAGGCCUUCCAAAAGCUAGACCUGGAAAGACGGCGUGAAGAUGCUAAAUCAGGUCCCAAUCGUAAAUCAAGGCUGCUGGAAGAAAAUGAAUUACCUGACUGGUUGGUCAAAGACGACGAUGAAGUCGAACGCUGGACUUACGAGGAAGAUGAGGAGCGUUUUUUGGGACGUGGGUCUCGACAGCGUAAGGAAGUCGACUAUACAGACAGUUUGACGGAGAAAGAGUGGCUGAAAGCCAUCGACGAUGACGGCGUUGAGUUUGAUGACGAGGAGGAAGAUGAUAAGAAGAAAAAGAAAACUCGCAAGCGACGCAAGAGAGGCGAGGAAGACGAGGAACCGGUCCAGAAAAAACGUCGUGGUGCUGGAAGCAGCAGCGGCGCUGGUCCCUCAGUUGAUAUGAAAUUACGGAAAUCUAUGAAGAAGCUACUGAUGGUUGUUGUUAAUUACACCGACAGCACUGAUGGUAGAUUGCUCAGUGAGCCUUUUAUGAGAUUGCCGUCGCGCCGAGAAUUACCUGACUAUUACGAUGUAAUAAAGAAGCCUCUGACCAUCAAUAAAUUAUUAAAGAAAGUUGAUGAAGGCAAAUACUCCAGUGUUGAUGAACUAGAAAAAGAUUUUAUUCAACUGUGUAAAAAUGCCCAAAUUUAUAAUGAAGAAGCCUCGCCAAUCCACGAAGAUUCAAUAGUCUUGGAAUCUGUUUUUAUAAACGCACGACAGAGGCUCGAAGCCGAGGGUUCAGUCUCAGACGAUGGAAAUAACUCAUCUCCCGGCGACUGCGAUGAUGGAUCGGACGGGGACUCGAGUGUAAGGAUGAAGAUAAAAUUAAAAGGACGCAAAAGUGAGAGCAGAACGGGUAGACGGAAAAGGAUAACUAAAAAGUAUGUUUCUGAUGAUGAUGACGAUGCUGAUGAUAAUUAA